UCAGCAGUGGCCUUGCGCAGGAUGAUGCCUGUUUACCUACAUCUUCUCCUUCUAUACGGGUGGGUUUUGCCUUACUUAACCAGAGGCCGACCUGCAAAUAUGACCGGAAAAUCUUUGUUGGAUUAUGCCGCGAAUUCGAACGCCACUGUAUCAGCGAAUAUCUCCUCUACACCCACAGCACUAUUGAUUAAAAAACUGGUAACUACAACGUUCGUGGAAAAAAUGCCAGCGUUCCUCGCUACCCAGUCAGCACGGCUAGAACUUGUCGAUGGAAACCCCUGCUAUACAAUGGAAACCAUGGACUACGUGGACGUCGGAAACCUCAUGGCUCGUAAGACUUGCUGGUGUAUGACCGUCAUUGAUCUACCGAUAACGGCUGCACAAACACCUCAGCAUACAACGGCCACGGAAAUUGUGGUCAGGACGCCGGUAUAUACUACGACAGUAACCAUUUUUGCUAACUCUGCCAUUGAGACCGUCUACAAAACUAUAAAGUUCUCCAAUGAUGAGGUCAAGACGACCACGCGGUAUCGUUUUGAGCCGUCCACAAAACGUUCAUCGGGGGUCUUCUCUUUAGAGAGCAUGCAAACCAGUGACGAAUUUGAUAGCUCCACGUGGAUCCCUGAGAAUAUCAUCUCAACUUCGCGGCCAACCAACACAAUGAAUAUUGAACCUUCUAGACCAUAUUUGUCAGUUAGUCAAGCAAGUGAAACAACGGCGUCAUUAUGGUUUCCAGAUUUCACUGAUAUCCUUCCGUCAUCGCCAAAUUGGGAUUUUUCCUCAAACCUAUCAUCGUAUGACAUGUCAUUGCACUCCUUAGAGUCAUCUAUUCGAGAAGAAAAUCUCUCUGUUACUUGGGACACUCAAACGACACUACUAUCAAAUUCAACGGAGCUCAUUAGUGAAUGGAACCAAUCUCAAACGGAACGAUUGAACAUACUUACACCGAGUCGUCAAGGCAUGAUAACACCGGAUCUAGGGGACAGUUGGACGGCGGGCCCUGAUAUUACACUCUUUCCUUCGAUAAUUGUGUCGUCCGAGCCGUUCUCGCCUCGAAGUAUAGGUUUAGAUCUUGAAGAUUUGACUCCCGAGGUGACGCCGAUCAUUCCCCCAUCAUUAAUUGACUCCGACAAGUCCUGGGGUAUAAUAGCGACAAAUCUAAGCACUCUAGAAGGUAUCAAUCCAUCGUAUAAAGAAACAUCACCUAUCUCUAUAGAGCCUACGAAUACUUACGUGAGUUCGACGCACUGGAAUACAGAUGAAAAUUCCGUUUCGCCAUACUGGUCAUCUGAAAACUACGAUUUAGGGCUUGAUCCAUCGCUAAGUUUAUCAUGGACAUUCAGCCCAAGUCUUGCCACAAUAAAUGAGACUGGGUUGCCGUCGACUUUCUCUAGCGAAUGGCCUAACAAAACAUCGAUGCUCACUGUCGAUAUCGUAACGUCAACGGCUAGCUGGAAUAUUAUAUCGUCAGACGUAGUAGACGUCUCAUGUGCUUCAAGCGAAGUAGUAAGACCCGUUUCAUCCUUGCCAAAUCAAAACUUAAGUGAUCAAUUGAGCAUUUACCAAGAUGAAACAGAUGCGGUUUCGAUGACUUUAGCGCCACUGCCUAUACCAAGCACUACUCAGAAAACUAUUAACCGAAUUUCACCUCAAUUUUCACUGUCAUUUGAUUUACCAACAACGGGACUAGCUUCACCGGCAUCGGCUAGCCCCUCGUCAGAUCACAGAGCGACAGUGGCCAUUUCGCCAAGCACUCCUACGAAAAUUUCGUCGGCUGAAUUUCCUGCCUCAACUACAUCGUUUUUCGACAACUCGAUUUUACCUGCGGACAGUGCAAUUGAGGAUAGUUCUGCCAGCCCACGCGACACCUUGUCAGUAAGUGUAUCAGAAGAUAUACCACAAGAAGGAUUCACCACCUCCUUCUCCACAUCGGUAAUCCCUGCCGGAUCGCCGACAGAUUCUAUGUGGAUACUUGCCACGAACGUAACUUAUGUGCCAACAAGAACGACCGCACAAUCUACAGUUAGUUCUUUCAUCCUGGAAGUAUCGACUGCGAAACAACCUGCGACAGCAAGCGAAAGAGAUACCAAGUAUUGGAUACAGACAGAGCUUCGCAUGCCUCCUGACGUAAAUUCUACUGAUACUUCAACGUUAGUUAAAAACUUGGCGUUCCUUUACGAACGGGCUUAUGUCCGUCAGCGUAAACGACAGCGACGGUAUGCCAGACCAACAUCGAUAAAGUUGAUCUACGUCCGGAAUGAUUAUAUACAACGGAAUAUUACUCUUGUGUAUGUGUUGUACUAUCAAGGACAGCUGGUGCCAGCUUUUGAGGCUGUAGAGAAAAUGAGAGUCGUCCGCGAAGCUGAUAUGGUAAAACUCCUGCAACAUGGCAUUAUUGUCAAGGCUAAACCCUACGAGCCAUGGACGUCAAGUGCCCUUUUGGAAAAUCGCGAAGAGAUCUGGUACAAAACCAAGUUGGCGUGGAUUCUCGUCUUGAUUCUCCUGUUACUCCUUCUUCUGUUGCUCCUGCUAUUGUGCUGUCUAUGCGUACGUACGCGAAAGAGACAGAAGGCCGAGGUGAAAGACGCUGAAGUUUCCAGUUCCUUUAGCCAGGGAGAAGGAAGGUUCAGCACAAAUUCGGGUAUCACAAUGCCGGCGGAAAGCUUACGUUCAUAUCGUGACGCCGUAACUAGCCCAGUGCACUUCGGCGAAACGGGCACAUACCGAAGAAGCGAGUCCCCGAAAUUCUACGAGAAUCAGGCCUUCGAGGGAUCACUAGAUGAGCCCAGAGUUCGACGAAGGCCCAUCUUGACACAACAUACGUUUGAAGCGACAUUCGAGGGCGAAGAUAACGGGCAUGCUCGAACUGAAUUAACACCUCCCGAAGUUAAGCCUCGCAGACGAAUAAAAAAUUUCGAUGCUGAACAGUCGGUUGCCCCCAAUGAACUGUCUACGUAUCAAGAUAUUCGAAUACCUGCAUCAGAAAUCGAGAUCCGACGAGUGAUUAGUGAGCUCGCAAGCGAAGACGAGGAGUCCUCGGGAGAAAGGAUCGCCGAAACGCGACGACAGCUCGAGUCCAUGACCGAAAAGCUGAACGCACUUGUGGACAAUAGUCUGUCAAUUGAACAUACACGCAGUAACCUGUACGGUAGUACACGGCAAAGGACGCUAGUUGUCCGCAGAGAUUACAAACACCGAUCAAGAUCGGCGGAUUCAAUUGACAAGUAUCCAGGAGUAUCGCAGGUUCCUUCACUGAAUAGCCCGAUCUAUCGUGAUCAACCAACGCAAACUUAUAGCAUGACCCAAACAAAGAGAUCAACAACUCCACAUUUCCUGGUAACGAUACAUAAAGAUAUCGCCAGAACCGAACAACGUAUACAACAGAGGCAAUUUCAACGAACUGUCGAACAAUCGGAUCGCUUGUCCAGAGCAGUGCAAUACCGACAGCCGGCAGAACACGUAAUGGAAGCUAUUAAACACGAGUUAGACAAAGCUCAAGAAUCGAAUCGGGAGAGCUUUGCCUAAAUGCCGCGGAUCGAAAAAUACUAGCAACAUUUAUUGAUUAAUCGGCCAUCAACAUAACUGAGGAUCAAUCAGGUGACAAGUCAUCGGAUGCGCCCCGACCAGCGUAGAUCACAAGGUUUUAUAGGUUUCAAGUACGCAGAGUCACAACAGCUUACGCUGUAAAAGCGUAGUAAUAAUAUUGCCUUAUUAGCAAAGUCGCGGCACAAGACUGUAUCGCAACCCAUGCCGCAGGCAAUAUGUUUAUAAUGACAUCAGGCAAAGCAGCAGCUAACAAAAAAAAAUAGAUAAACUGUCAGCCUUGUAAGUAAAAAAGGUCCAAGUAAAAACAUAGGGGCAUAAUGAAAGCGAACAAUGCUGGGCGAAAUCUGUAUCAUUAUUGUGGUCUAGUAGUACACACUAAGCAAGGGUUAACGCUAACUGCUUUCAGUCAGUAGGGACGCACUGAAGAUCCAUCGCAAGAAGUUAUAUAUGUAUACAUAUAUAUAUAUACAUUGUGCUUGCGGAAUCCUAAUUAGCCUAAAUGUAAUUAGCAAGAAAUCUACAUUUUUGAGGCUUAGUACAGGACCUUGCGGCGACUAUAACAGUACCUUUUAAUCCUUGUGUGCUACGAGUAUUGCUAAAGAUGUCAGAGAGAGAGAGAGAGAUACGUUCGUGAUAGUUUAAUACUGAGAUUUUCAGCAUAACAUUAGGAACAUACCGUUAUACAUUAUCGAACAAUAGGCUUGAUUACUUCAACAAAGCCUUUGACACUUCUGUUUGGAUAGCUGUCGCAACUGAGCGACUGUUUUGUACAAUAAGAUACAUUUCUCCUGGACCGUACGCUUUAUGAGUGCAAAUCAGCCAAGAUAUAGAUUUGCUUUAAAAAAAAACGUUGAUUUAUAAAUUACACACUGAAAACUACUGACGUCUGAACGUUAGAACUCGGCUGGACUAUGUACCGUACCUUGCCAAUGAAUGUUUUAUAAAAUACAAUGUACCUUUUACAUAGUAGAAGUAGUGUAUACUGGAUGAAAUGUACUCUCUGUAACAUUUAACUAUUCCUAAGGAUACUUGAAUUAAUAAAUAUUUAGAUAUUAG